AUGACUCUUGCCGUCAUCUACCAAGCUGUCCUGGAGGACGUCCUUCUCAUGUUGGCAGAGAAGGACUCGGCAAAUGCAGCGUGGGAGAUGCUACAAACAAUGCAUGUGGGCGUGGAACGUGUCAAGGAAGCAAAGUUGCAGACCUUGAAGAGUGAGUUCGAGGCUAUCUGCAUGAAGCACGGAGGAACUGAAGAAACAAGUGAUCAACCAAGUGCAUCGGAAUCACACAAAAAGCAAGCCCAACAGGAAGCAGAAAAAGCAAAGAAACAACUAUCAGAUAUGUAUGAAGAAUCCCAACAGCAGCACGCAAUGGAUGCCGCUGCAUUGGCCUCUGCCAUGAAUGAAGUUCAGAGGCUCAAGAUCCAGCUGAACAUGGUGUCUGAAUCCAACGAAACCCGAAGUAACCUCACUAAGUCGGUGGAAAACCUUCAAUCAGAUGGAAUCAAAGCUGUUGAAGCCUACAACUCCUUGUCACUAAAAUUGGAGCAAUCAAAAGAUCAUAAUUCAUGGAGGGAAGGGAAGAUGCCAGAAAGGGUCUUCGAUGAAAAUAGGAGGAAGAAAGAUGAAGGUAAUUCUAGUAGCGGCGGUGGUGGCAGUCGACCGAAGCUUAAUCUGCAGCCACGUACGCUGCUGGUGAAUGAUGUGAAGUCGUCGGAGAUAUCAGGGAUGACGGCAAGGUCCAAGAGUUCGAAUCCAUUUGGAGAGGCGAGGCUGAGGGAAGAGGUUCUAGCUGAGAAAGGACAAGAUUGGAAAAAACUUGACGAGGAGUUAGAGUCGAAAAUUAUUGAAGUGUCAGGGGAGAAGACUGAAAAAUCCAACCCCAUUGGGAAAAAGAGCUUUGGCAAAGGAACUGGUCAGGCUGCUAAGGACAAAACAAAGAAGAGCUGGAGGGAAGCCGAGUUUCAAUAA